UGACUUCUUCAGAGCCCUCUUUUUUAGCUACCAGAAUGGUUUUGGGUCAAAUGCUGGGGGUGCUCAGCUACGCUAUCCUUUUCAUCCUCUGCUCACUAAUUGCUUGGGCCCUUUAUUAUGAUAUAACCAGGACGCAUCUGCCUCCAGGAAUCAGCUACCCUGCAAGACUCCGGCUGGCGAGUAUACUUGUAAAUAUCUUCUUUGGACUGGCCCUAAUUCUGGAAAAACUACGUAUCUGCCAGCGCUAUAAAGUCUGGAGACUCAUUUUUAAAGGAAUACCGACAACGAAAUGCACGACGCUGAUAAUCAAGGACCUCCUUUUUGACAAUGUGACAGUGAGGGUGUACUGGCCCAAGACGCCGGCUGCUUCUAACAGAAGAGGAAUGGUAUUUAUUCCCGGAGGGCUCGCCAUCUUUGCAGGCAUAAAAGGGUACGAAAGGGUGUGCCGCCACAUUGCCCUCAAAAGCGACACUGUGGUUGUGAGUGUCGGAUGUCGGGAAGCCCCCGAGCAUCCCCCUCCAAGCCAGCAGCUGGACUGUAUCACGGCUACUGUACACUUUCUCAAGAACGCCCAGGAAUACGGAGUGGACCCCCACCGCAUUUCCGUCGGAGGGGACAGCUCCGGAGGCACGUUUGCGGCCACGGUUUGUCAGAGACUGGCUACCAGGAAAGACAUCCCCAGGCUCCGGGCCCAGCUCCUCUUCUACCCUUUCCUCCAGGCUUUCGACUUCAACUUGCCUUCUUACCAGCAAAACGAGUCGGUGCCUCCCUUGUUCAAGAAACGGAUGCUCAAAUUUGGUUUGCAGUACCUGAACGAAGAGUUUAAAGAUCUGGAAGGGAUGAUGAGAAAUGCCCACGUUGCCAGGGAGAUGGAGCCGAAAUACAGGAAAUGGAUCCACGCCGACUACAUCCCAGAAGAGUUUAAGGCGAGAGGCUACGUGCCGGUGGCCCCUGCGCCGUUUUCCGAAAAACUUCACGAGGCGAUCAAAGUAUGCCUUGAAGACGUGCUUUCUCCUCUUGUCGCAGAAGACGACGUCAUCCGUGAACUCCCGGAGACUUUCAUAUUAACCUGUGAGUACGACGUUCUCAGGGACGAUGGGCUGCUGUACAAGAAACGCCUGGAAGACAACGGGGUGCCCGUAACCUGGCAUCAUUCAAAGGAUGGGGUCCAUGGAAUACUCUACCCCGUGGAUUGUGGCCCGCUUCAGUUUCCAGACACGCAGCCAAGUUUCCAUCACAUCAUCCAUUUUUUGAAGCGCCUGUAGAAUUAAAAUAGCCUGUCUUUCUUCUAUGGUGCAGAGAACAGGGCCUCUGAAUUCGGUAGCUGAAACUGUUCGGAAAACUGGGAAUAAGUUUGAAUCCUUUGGAAUGUCUAGACAUCCAACAACUACACGAAUUUGUCCAAUGUUACACUGUUACACUGUUGAUUCGGGGAAGAUCAAUAGGUAGAGGAGCUGAUCUGCCAGGUUUCUAAAUGAGACAAGGACUGGAUCGUUUCUGGGAUGGUUGCCAUUCCACAUGGUGCAACUUGGCAUGUGGCCAGGUUUCCCUUCGCCUCUGAAGGCAGGAGGAGGGGACAAGAGGGUGGUGACGGUUCAGGCUGUCUGCUUUAUAAGAUCCUAUAUACAGAGGAAACAGCUAGCAGGGGAAAGUGUGUCAUGCAAAAUGGACCACAAAAUAUCCUGGUUAUUUACAACAUUUGCUGCAAUGCAUACAUCUGGGUGGGGGCAUUGUAAUCCUCUAGGAUCGCCCUAGGGGAUUGUUUGCAUCUUCUGUGCUUCCUAUGUGCCCGUGUGCUUUACCUUUAAAGGGAAAAGACACCGGUUUUCCACAGAGGCAGUUCAUGCAAAUUACAGAGAUCUCAAGAAGAAAAAAAAAAUAACCCCACCUCACCCCUUUUCACCUUCUUCUUUGGAACCAAAGAAUGUCUCAGGAUUUGAAUGUGCCUCGUCAUGUCGAGACAGCUAAACCUGCCGGAAAAGAAUAGAUUUCUAUUCUUUGCAUCCUAAUUCAAACCUCAUGACAUUUGAUGAUGAACAGGACUGCCUCAAGGGGUGGUGGACUCAUUUUGAUCAGAGGUUAAAAAGCCA